AGUCUCCCGCUGCUCGAAGAAGUUUGAAACUUUGGAUGAAAACCGCCCCACGUACUCCUCCAUCUCUAUCCCCAUCUGGUUUCUGUUUGAAGAUUUCUCUCAAGCUAAAAGAGGCCGCUGCAGGAUACUAGGUCAUGGCCCCAACGACUCGUAAUACUGGAUGAGUCCAUGUACAGCCUAAUUCCUCUCAGCCACACCAAGCAGCUAUGGAUGAUGUUGCCGUUGUUCAGCCCCUUAACGAACCAGAAAUUGGAAUUGAAGAAACUGCAAGUAGUAGGAAAAAAUGCAAUAGAGUUCGAGGUCCCACUUUUAUGUGUAAAGUUUGGGGCUAGCAAGAAGAUGAGCGUGUGAAAGUUUCAUUCAAUGACAAGGGACAACCGAUUUCCAAUAAUAGCAUCUUGAGUCACUUCUUAGGAACUAUAGCAAGAAAUGGGAAAUAUGCGCCUCUCCACUACAAGAGUUGGCCCAAGAUGCCUCGAGUUUACAAGGACGAUAUGUUUGCAUUGGUAUUGCAAAAAUUUGAUUUCUGCGCUGGUCACAAGAGGUGGAUCUUGAGAUCACUUUCGAAAAAGUGGAGAAACUGGAAGGCUACAGUGAAGAGGGACAACUUUGAUUCUGACCUACCCAUUGAGGAGCAAAUACAUAGUCCUCCGGAUCGAGUGCAAGCAGACCAAUGGAAAGAACUUAUUAAGUAUUGGCAUGGUGAUGCGAAGAAAGUUAGUGAUAAAAAUAAGGAUAGUCGAGCAGGGCAAUCUACCAUUUAUAGGAUGGGCAAAACUCCACUAGCCAUAGUAAGAGAGGCUGAGGCAAAAAACCUCGGCCAUGAUCCAUCGCGUGCACAUUUAUUCCUUACUUGCUUCACAGACAAUGGCAAGGUCUCAGAUGAGGAAUUGCGAAAAAAAAUAGAAAAAAUGAAAGAGCUGUCCAAACAAGUUCCAGAGGGUGAACUUGAUUCUUCUAGUCUAAAUGAUGUAUUUUCCCAAGCUAUGGGCAAAGAGAAAUCUGGAAGUGUGCGCAUGUAUGGGCUAGGGGUUUGCCCAUCUGAUGUUUGGGGUGAAGUGCCUAGCAGUGGCACAUCUUAUAGGAUGUCAAUGGAGUGGAAGACAGAGCUAGAUAAAACAAACAAAAAGUUGGAAAAGCUAUCGAAUUUAUAUUUGCUGAGUCGUACAAAUGGGGGUAACACCUCAAACAUUCUAGUUACAUCUCCAAACAUUCCAAUCGCAUCUCCGAACCAACAGAUUGGUUCUUCUACAUCUUUUUCCCAACGAGGACGAGUUAAGGUGGGGAAUUAUGUUAAUUUUAAGAGCGUAGCCAACCCAAUAAAUGUUGUAGGCAAAGGGCGGAUCGCUAGCAUGGAUCCAUCUACAGAGAUUGGUGGAGAAGAACUUGGAGCUAAUUGGUGUGAAAUUCAUGUUCAAGUCCCAAUCCUAUGGGAUGAGCAUUUGAUGAGGCCUUACGGAGGCCUUAAGACCGUUGGCGAUGCCAUCGGUACUCCAAUAGCAUGGCCUAUUUCUUUGGUAGUGAAAGAUGAUGAUGGCUGCUUUAUGGACUGAAUGAGAUCACUUGGAAGAUUCCUAGUAGAGAGUUAUGGCAUAUGGAUGCUGAACUUAUAAGUUUUGUUUUGUUUUUUACUAGUGGUUGUUUUUUUUGAUACCAUGGCAUCUCUCAUGGUAUUGUUCUAGUUUUUUGUUGGAAACUUUAGUAAGUUUCUUAGAAGUGAAGUUUGUUUUCUAGUGGAAACUUUAGUUUCUUUAAACUACUUCUAUUUCAUGUUUCCUUUUUUGUAUUUGGAUCCUUGUGAAUUUGUUGACUAGUAGUUUCUAUUGAAGUUAAUGACUAUGGCUUGUUGCA